CCGCCGAGAGAGGAGAGCCAGACGACCGAGCGAAACGGGAAGGUGAAAUAUCCCGGUAAAAAAAAAAUCUUCUGAAAAAUCUUCUCAAAAUGGUCAAGAAACUAAAGUCCGACGCGCCAGAUCCACCCGGACCUUUCCACCAACAGCAGCAACAACAACUGCAACCUCAACAGCAGCAACAACAGCAGCAAGAGAACACUCCAAAUGACUGGGUAGGAAACGAGAUACUCAGCCUCAUAUACGGCAACCAUCCCUACACGCCCCAGAAUACUCCUCAACCAACUCCUCAGGCAAUCCAGAGUCAGCCGCUGUGCCACCAGGUCAACCAGCCCCUCGCACAGACGCCCUCCGGCUUCCCCGCUCCCAGCCAUCCUCAGACUUCUUCCGCGCCGUCUGCGGGAACGAACGCCCUGCAGGUGCACAUGCAGUAUGUGGCCGCAGAAGUCCCUCAGCAACAGCCGUACAGCGGACAGAACCAGCCAUCGUUCCGUCCGCAGUUCCCAGGGCAACCGCUGACCAACGGAGGAACCAUGAACAGCCUCGCGCAGCCUCCUUCGGGCAACAGCUGCUCUCCCGCCCAGCCCGUCUCGCGGCCUGGAGGCUCUCAGGCUCUCUUCACCCCCUUCAGCGUCGGCGGGAAGAGGCCGAGCGACUACAGCGAGCAGUACGGGGCUCCACUUAAGUGCACGGCCACCUCGCCCCUCUUUCCACAGGACCCUCAGGGCCCAGAGACGGCCCGGGAGCCCCCCGUGGCCCAGUUGUCUCAGUGCCUAGAAUCGACGCGUGGGCCCCCCGUCGCCCAGUUCCCUCAGAGGAAUAGAAUUGAGGGGAGUCAUGGCUUCAAGGUUACGUUCCCUGGGAAUUCGCCCAAGUUCAUCGUUAGCAACAUUGGAGAACGACGCCACAUCAAUACGCUGAUGAAUAACUACAUCACGACGAUCAUACACCACUCGGCCGGCCCUCGGGCUUGGCUGCGGUUCUUCAUCGUGUUUUCCCGCGACUCCGAGACCGCGCAGCCCGUCUUGCCCUGCAGGAACCACCAGAAUGAGAACCAUCCGUACCACAUGCUGGAAGUGUCUGCAGGAAACGACGAGGCCAGGUGGGACUACGACUUCCACCCCUCCGUCAUGGUCCGCCCGGCACCAGCUUCGGCCGGAGUGUACAACGUGCAGCUGAGGUUUCUUUGCCGCAACUCCUGCCUGACGCGGAAGGACCUCAUGCUGAUCUGCCAGCUGGAAAGAGACAGUGGCGUGGUUGAGGGGCGCGAGGUCCUGGAUGUCAAGGUGAGCGCGUGCCCUCGCCGAGACGUCCCCAAGUCUUCGGGCAACCCGCCGCCGCCCAAGAUGCCCCGCGAAGACCGCAACCAGGGGAGUCACCAAGAGGGCUGCCUUGGCUUGGGAGAGAGCAUGGACACUGUUCCCGUUCCUGCUCUGCCGGCGUCUGCUAACGUGUUGGAGCAGGCGUUCAGUCAAGCUCAGGACUUCGGGAUUCACUCUGCUCGCUUGCACUAUAUCGGGCAGCGCUUCAGGGAGCUCCAUCCCGAGGAGUACGAAGACGUGGAGAGGCAGUUCAACGAUCUCUGGGACUCCAGAAUGCAAAAGUAUUGAUGCGGAGUGGCCAGCGUGCUCUGGCUGUAGAUCCGGGUCGAGUUUUAGGGUUGCCUCGGUGUUGGACUCUGGCGAACAUUUGUGUCUGCGUCUGUCAAAUCUAGACUGUAUAAUUCUCUCUUCUUAAUACACUUCCACCCUCUGCCACACACACGCACACAUAUAUGAUAUAUUUGUGUAUGCGUGUGUGUACGUAUGUAAGUGUAUAUGCAUUGCAACCCAAAGUAAUUGAUAGUUUUUAAUACCUGCACCAAUGCUGAAGAACACCUGUUGAUUGGUGUUACCUGUGACCUUAUUACCUUCGCCAAGGUUAUGUUCUUGUAGCGUUGGUUAGUUUGUGCGUUUGUUAGUUGGUAAGCCGGAUAACAGAUUUUUAAGAAAGUUUUUUACCUCUUAGCCCUCCUAAGAUGUCAAUAAAUUUCAAGUGUGAAUAUCUUUACUGCAUCAGUGACACUAUUGUCUUGGCGGAAGUAUGGGCUCCCUGAGUGCUUCUAGUUAGUCAGUGUUUCCAUACUUGUUAUAUAUUACCACUGUAAUUCAUUGCCUUUACAUUUCUUUUGUUCGCUCGAAAGUACAAGUCUUCACGCCUUGAUGUUGCCUACACACCUGGCCAGGUAUUGGCGGCUCAAAAGUCAUCCAUGGAAGGGGUCAAGCCAGGUGAAGCUUAAACACAGAGAGCCAAGGGUUUUGUCCCUUCCUCCAGCCCCGCCGCUUGGAGACAAGUGACAUGACAAACUGCUGUAGUGGAGACGCUUGCCUGGGUGACAAUAUGACAGACUGCUGCAAUGGAGACGCUUGCCUGGGUGACAACAUGACAGACUGCUGCAAUGGAGACGCGACUGUGUCCUCCACUCUACAUUCCGAUAGGCAGCUCAUUGAGGGCACCAGAAUGUUGGAUGUCACCCAAACGUGACAAUUUACAGAGUGAUCUAUAAUUGUAUGCAUUAAUGUUCUAGUAAAAUGGAUACACCAAGAUUGUAUUGUAGAUUAGAUGAUGGACGUUGACUGCAUAACUUAUAUGACAGUCAUUCAUGUAUUUACACUAUUGCUGUAAGAAUGAUAAUGAGAUAAGGAUUCUUCAUUCAGAAAAAAUUCUACACUCGUGAAUGAUGAUUCUCGUGUAUCCACAUAUAUUGUCAUUAUCAUUAUUGUUAUUGUACUGUUAUUAUUGUCAUUAUAAGAAUGAUACUGAUUGUUACUGCUACUUAUACCCCUAUCAUUACCAUCAUAAUCAUCCAUUACAUAGCCAUUAUUACUCCAGUAUGUUUAUAAUAAAAAUUACAAAAAAA